AUGAAUAAAGCAAGCUUCCCUGGACGCAAGUACCCGACUUCGGGCACCAAAGUUUCACCUAAAACCCAGUGUCAAAAAUGCCUUGAAUACGGUCAUUGGACCUAUGAGUGCAAGAAUGAACGAGUGUACAAAGCUCGUCCGACCAGAACUCAACAACUUACAAAACCACUAAAACCGAUAUCUGUUGAGCUUCCGGACGAAUUGGGGAUAAAAAAGGAUGUGCCGGAAAAAUUGGAGAAACCAGAUGAUAUAAAAGAAAGUAAAAGAAAAAAACGUCGAAAAACAGACGAAAGCGGAGAUAGUUCUUCGACUGGAUCAUCAAGUCUUAAUUCAAACUCGGACAAUGAUAGUGGAUCAAAUUCGAGUUCUUCCGAAUCAUCAAAUUCUUCAUCACGAAGUGAUAGUUCAGAUUCUUCGGUAGCUUCUUACAACAGAAAAAGAAAACGUAGGGGACAUUAA